GUCUCGGCCGGCAGGCAACCACUGCACUGGCUGUUUCGGCACGGGACGGGCCGUAUCCGAAGCAUCAGCUGGCUCAUCAGCAUUUUUGUGGUAGUAGUCAUAGCUCCCGACUACAGCGGCACAGAUUCCUUUAAAGGCUCCGAUCCUGGAGUCACAGUCAACCGUUCAAGAAACAACAGUCCAGAAUCGUUUACAGCGGAGCCAAUUCAGGGGACCAGGCAGACCUCAUCUUUGGACAUAGGCAACCCCCUGCUGUCUCAGGCACCAGCAGAAACCAGCACGCCAGCGACUGGAGACAGCACGCCCACCCCCAGCGCUCAGUCGCACAGCGACCAUGGUGACCACAGUCGGACUCCUGCAUCGGUUGCCACACCCGCAGCUCCCUGCAGCAGCCGUCCGCUUAAUGCCACUGCCGUGUCUCUCCUGCGGAACCUUUCUUCAGAAGAGAAGGGCACGAGACUGAUCUAUGCGGCUGAGGAGGGGGCGGUGGAGGAUCUGCAAGCGCUGCUCGAGGCUGGAGCAAACGUGGGGGCGAGGGACGAGAUCGGGGAGACCGCCCUACACUGGGCAGCACAGUGGGGACACACUGACUCGGUGAAGUGUCUGCUGGAGGCCGGCGCAGAGGUUGACGCCAGAAGCGAUGGGCAGAGCACACCUCUGCACCUGGCCGCAGAGAGAGGCCAUACGGCUGUGGUGCGGCUGCUACUGGCUGCUUCUGCCGACCCCAACGCCAGGACUCCGUAUGGGAGGACCCCACUUCACUCUGCAGCAGAGCAGGGACACACAGCCGUGGUGCGGCUGCUGUUGGCGUUUUCCGCCAACCACAGCGCCACGGAUCACGAAGGGUGGACGCCGCUCCACUUAGCGGCAUAUAAUGGCCUCGCUGAGACAGCAGCCGCGCUGCUGGAGGCUGGGGCCGACAAGGGGGUCAGAAGCAACCUGGGGAACACACCGCUGGACCUCGCCAGGGAGCAGGACAAACAGCAGCUGGUAGACAUGCUAAAAUGAAGCUAGCAGUCCAACGGACAUUUGUGGAAUAAAAUGGAGUUAUUUUUAAAAUAAAUAACAAAGAAGUUAA